UCCAACCCGUCGGGCGGCUUCUACCCGGGAGCAUCGGCAGGCUUCUCGCCGUCGCCGGGGCCGGAGUACCAGUCCGGCAGCAUGGAGCCGCCGGGGUCCAAGUCGUCCUUCAGCUACGAGGAGCUGACGAGCAUCACGAGCAACUUCUCCCGGGACAACGUGAUCGGCGAGGGCGGGUUCGGGUGCGUGUACAAGGGGUGGCUGGCCGACGGCAAGUGCGUGGCCGUGAAGCAGCUCAAGGCCGGCAGCGGGCAGGGGGAGCGCGAGUUCCAGGCGGAGGUGGAGAUCAUCAGCCGCGUGCACCACCGCCACCUCGUCUCCCUCGUCGGCUACUGCAUCGCGCAGCACCACCGGAUGCUCAUCUACGAGUUCGUCCCCAACGGCACCCUGGAGCACCAUCUCCACAGUCGCGGCAUGCCGGUGAUGGACUGGCCAACAAGGCUCAAGAUCGCCAUUGGCGCCGCAAAGGGAUUGGCGUACCUGCACGAAGAUUGUCACCCUAGGAUCAUCCACAGGGACAUCAAGUCCGCCAACAUUCUGCUCGAUUAUUCCUUCGAAGCACAGGUUGCAGAUUUCGGGCUGGCCAAGCUCUCCAACGACACGCACACGCAUGUCUCCACUCGCAUCAUGGGGACGUUUGGGUACCUUGCCCCGGAGUACGCGUCGAGCGGGAAGCUGACGGACCGGUCGGACGUGUUCUCCUUCGGCGUCGUGCUGCUGGAGCUCAUCACCGGACGGAAGCCCGUCGACCAGACGCGCCCAGGGGAGGAGAGCCUCGUCGAAUGGGCACGGCCGGUCCUCGUGGACGCCGUCGAGACGGGCGACCUCGACGCGGUGGUCGACCCCCGGCUCGAGGGCGCCUACAACCGGGGCGAGAUGAUCGUGAUGGUGGAGGCCGCGGCCGCGUGCGUCCGCCACUCGGCUCCCAAGCGCCCGCGGAUGGUGCAGGUGAUGAGGGCGCUGGACGACGAAGGGAGCAUGUCGGACCUGAGCAACGGGGUGAAGGUGGGGCAGAGCCGGAACUACCACGACUCCGGGCAGGAGGCGGCCGCCAUCCAGCAGCUCCGCCUCACCGCCUUCGCCUCCGAGCAGUACACCGGGGAGUUUGAGCAGUCGUCGGGGGAGUACCGCGGGGCCUACUCGGAGACGCAACCGAUCAACCGGAGAUGACGACGACCCAACGGCGACAGUCCGGACAGGUUUUAAUUGUUGAUGGUUUCGUAUUAGUGGAAGAGGGGGAUGUGGCUGU